AUCAUAACUCCUGCAAUUUUUACAAGUCGUUUGAUAAUGGGAGUAUUGCUAAUAUUUAAUCUAAAAAUACAGUGCAUGAAAAUAUGAUAUAGUGCAACAAAAACAAAAUUAUUAUUUUAAUCAAUAACCUGAAUGCCAAAAAAGGUAAAACAAUAGCCAAAGGAGAGUCGAUGUAAACGUACAAAGCAAAAAAAAAACGAAAGUGACAAAAAUCAAAUAUGAGUAAUAAUAGCAAUUCCAACAACAAUACAAGAAAUGUUUACAAUACUGCAAGGAACGAUGAUGAAAUGGCAAUGCUUUUAGAUCAAACCGCACAUGGACGAGAUGAUACGACAAUAAACAUUGAAAAUGAUAUUGGACCGAGCACAAGUCAACAAAGACAUCCAAAUCUGCAUUUGAAUAUUAGAAGAGAAAGUAACUCGACUCGCAUUAAUGUAGAAGCUAGCCAGGUUUCUCCUGGUGGCGUAGGAGGUGGAAUUGGCAUUGAUGGUGGUGUUGGUGGCAAUACAGGCAUUGAUGAAAGGCAACGCAUACGAAAUUUAUUUUCAAUGUUACGUGAGGCCCGACACCAAUUGCAUCGUCAACAGUCCUCUUCUGCCUCAGGGCCAACGGCCAGAGAUCUGCGCUUGAGUGGAAGUAUACCUGCAAAUGAUGGAACACAGCCCAGAACUUGGCGUGAGAAUUUAUAUGAAGUCUUUGCUUUACGCGCAAUUUUCACACCUACAUCCUCGGGUAAUUUUCGCUAUAAUUCGUUGCCUACUAACGAUAGCAACAGCACCACAGCUGACGAUCAUAUUCAUUUUUUGCUAAAUUCAAAUUCCCUAGAUCAUGAUAUACAGAAUCAGCAGCAGCAACAUCGAAGUAGUCAACUAGAUAUCGGUGGUGUGGAAACACAAUCUAAUAGUACCUCAGGCCUAAGGCUGUCAAGACAAAGUUCUCGUCUGGACAAUUCCUCGUUGCCGGGUACACCAGCUGGGGCAGCUGGUGCUGGCGAGCCGCCAGAAACGGAACCCGGCAGUAGGCGGCAAAGUAAUGGCGGCAAUUCUAUUGGUGCUUCCAAUGGCGGCCGUCAACCACCACAAAGACAGGCCUCCGUGGCCGGAAGUACAGCUGCGCCCACAAUUGAAAUGGACGAUCCCGACACAAAUGCAAUGGGCGAGAUGGUAGUUAAAAUUGUCUCGCAUUUUGUACGUUAUCUACCAUUUAUAUGCAUUCUGCUGGUCAAAUUCAUACACGAUCAUCUACUGGGCAUAUUGGAUUUGAUAGUACUACAGGCCGUAAUGUUUCAUGUUAACAAAUCACUGAAGGAACAAGUUGCCAAACUUAACCAGAAAUCGUAUGCUGUCAUGACGCGAGAUACCAUUAUGGUUAUAUGCAUAGUGACGUAUCGUUUCAUAUUGGCCACCUCUACGCCAGAUCCCUUUGGUCUGCUUAUAAAUCCUCCUGGGGAGAAGAUAACGCUGGACAUACCAUUCUACACGGUAACUUCAUCACAUGACAAAGUUGACGUUACACAUGCCACAGUAGAUCCGCUACAUUUAUCGCAUAUUUUUGGAAAGCAGCAAGAUAACGACCAGAUAUCACCAUCCGCAGAGCCCACUUCAAAUCCAUUAAAUGGAAACACCAUUUCACUGACAAAAUCGAUCUCAUUAGGUGUUUUACUUUACUACAUUGCUGUCAAUGAUUUGAUACUGAAGCUGUUAACACAACUGGUGAAAAUAAUCAUCACCAUGAUGCCUACAAAAGCUAUACGUCAAAAAUCUAGGGCUCGUUUGUAUGCUUUAGUGGAGUAUAUUUCACAUUUUUACAGAGCCUUGGCUCCAAUGAGACAAUGGCUGACCUUUUUGUUUGAAUCGUAUACAGGAUUAGAAAUCAUUUCUGGCAUAUUGUUUUCAUCAUUCUAUUUGGGUGCUAAAGGUUUCGAACUGGUUGAACGAGGAAAAUCAUUGAAAAAGGCAUUGGUUAAUUUUGUUCGCAAUAUGGAUUACGACCGAAAGCCAACCAAGGAUGAAUUGGAAGCUGCUGGUACUGUUUGUCCCAUAUGUCAUGAUGCCUAUACAACGCCGGUUGUAUUAGAAUGUGGUCAUAUUUUCUGUGAUGAUUGUGUGAACACAUGGUUUAAGCGUGAACAAACCUGUCCCAUGUGCCGGGCCAAAGUUAGUGAAGAUCCAACGUGGCAGGAUGGAGCUACAACAUACUUCUAUCAAAUGUUUUAGAUUAUUUCAGCAAUAGUUGUCGUCUUUUGUUUAUAUGUAUUACAUAUAAUAAUAUCGAUUGAAGUUUAUUAGCGCUUAGUUUUUGGAUCUACCUACAUUCUAAAGUAAAAUUGAAUAUUUAACUUUUGUUUCGUUACUAUAAUUAUUAGGAUAUUUGAAUAAAUGAAUAAGACACAUUCCUUAA